AUGGAGAAAUGUCAAUUUCACAAAGACACCAUCAAAUUCCUAGGGUAUAUCAUAUCACCCAAAGGUAUACAAAUGGAUCCAGAAAAACUAACAGCUAUUGCAAAUUGGCCUACCCCAACCUCUAUGAAAUCCUUACAGAGGUUCUUGGGUUUCACCAAUUUUUACAGAAAAUUCAUCAAUCACUUCUCUUCUAUCGUCCAACCAUUGACACAACUAACUGGGAAACAGAAAUACUUAUGGGAUUCAAAAACAGAACAAGCAUUUCAACAACUAAAGAAAGAAUUUACUACAGCACCAGUUUUAAGGUUACCUGAUCCUGAACUACCUUAUACUUUGGAGGUUGAUGCAUCAAAUGUAGGAAUUGGUGCCAUACUUUCACAACCAGGACAGGAGGAUUAA